AUGUUCGGAGGUUCAGAGUUUAGAAGAUACAAUAUUGUGGGUACUAUCAUUAGGAACAAUGCAGAGGAUGACGACGAAGAUGAUACGAUGUCUUUGGAGCCUGUUACGCGAAAGGAAGCACUUAUGACGUCGAGCACUUUUCACAACUUUAUGAUACAAUACACAAAUACAACACCUGAGCUACUAGAUGCAAUAAGAAAAAUUAGAGAUGAACUCCAAAUAGACUUGAACUUUAAAGGAAAACAGACAACUAUUGAAUCAUAUUUCAAUAGAGUGUAA